AUGGCCAACAAUCUCGAGCGCGCCGAACGACUCGAGGUAGAACGCGACUAUUACCGCUCGCUGCCAGCACAGCAGUUUCAGGAUCUCGUUGAAGAGGAAAUUCCGCGGAUAUGGCGGGAGGACUCGCUCGUGAUUGAACACGAUUUGCAGGAUGCCUACUGGCAAUCCAGCCAGAGCAUUGUCUCGCGACUACGACACCUGGCACAAGAGCGCAUCAAGGCGCAGUGGACAGAACAAGGCAUCUGGAAAGACCCCUGGGACCGCAAGCUCGGCGAGCACUACAAGGUGGAAGGCGGAUGGCCGCACCGGCUCGACGACGGCACGGGCGACCGGGUGGGCACGCCGCAGCGCUCGCCGACGCGGAUCCCGUGGCGCUCGGCCCGCAAGCGCCGCGACGAGUUUGAGCGGUGCCGCGCCGUCAUGGAGGACGCCUCGCGGCCCUUUCGCAUGUUUCUGGAGCAGCUCCUGCGGGCCCGCGAGCGUCUGGGCGCCCAGGGCGGCGCGGCCCCCGACGCGCUCAGCUCCCACGCCUACGACGAGGUCAAGGCCGCCUGGGUCCGCCGGCGCAUCUGGCUCGCGAGCUGGGACCCGCUGCCCGGCAUGACGUGGGGCCACGAGAAGCCGCUGCGCGAGUUCGUGGCCGAGACCCGGCCGUGGCUGUCGUUGCUGUGCGUCGAGGGCCGCGCGCAGAGGUGGGCCGAGGAGCUCGUGGGCACCAAGGAGUCGGGGACCUGGGAGCGCGAUGCCGAUGUCAGGGGCCUAGUGUGGACGAUACCGUCGCAAAAGUCAGAUGAGAGAAUGGAGGACGAGGGGGUACAGCAAAGGAGCGCCAUGAGCGAAAUGAUACCCGCGUUGUUGGGUUUGAAACAGCCUCCCGAUCCGCCUGGUCUCUUUGGAAAGCCCGAGGACCUGGCGACGGCACCUAAGCUCAAGAUUGUCAAGCCCACUCGGCCAAGCUGGGGCCUGGUCAAGAUACCGCAGGACAAGAAAGGACAGUUGAAGAAACUCGACUUUAGGGUAUUUGAUUUUCCCUGGGACAUGCCACUAAGCCAGACAUACUAUCGUGACAACCGCUUCAAAAAGGCCGUGGCACGAAGACUACGGCGCGAUUUCGACUCUGUAGCCGACGCCGAGGACUUUUACGAGAUGGAACACCUCAAAGCGACUCAGGGCGCCGAGCGGGAAUACCGCCUCAAUGCCGAGGCCGAGGACCAAUUGGCGCGGCGGCACGAAGCGUACCGGCGGUGGGAGCACGACUAUGUCAAGGAGCUCAAAAGGUACCAGGCACAGUUCAAGAAGAUUGACUGGAAGGACUUCAAGCUGCCCGACGACGCGGCGCUCGGGACGGAGAUUUGGGCAGACGCUCGCUUCCGGGCCGAGAUCAUGCGCCGUGUGCCCGGUCUUGCGGCCGAUGCGUACCUGGAUGAGCAUAGACGGUGCAAGUCGCAGCUGCUGGUGCCGGUUAGUGAGGCCUGGACUAUUGAUGUCGAGGAGGAGGAUAGCCUGCAGCGGCGAUGGCAAGCCCAGAAGAAACGCGCACAGCCAAAGAAGAGGAAAAGGGCGCCGCAGGUCAAUUAG